ACUAAGGCUUGCGGUUUUCCAUCGAGUUACUAUUGCGUCCACCUACCUCUAGUAUCCGCAGUCGAUUCAAAUACUUCGCGCACGCUUCUAACACGAGGAAGAUACCAUUAUGGAUGUAGAUAACCAGCAUGAGCUUUCUUCCGAGACCCAAGACUUCCAGGCCUCAACUUCUCACUCAAUGCCUACUCCUGAUCGAGCCACUGUAGCUAGGGCCCUCGAACAGAGGUUGCGUCAAGAGCGUGAAGAAGCAUCUGCGCAUGGAGCGCAUUUCGUUGCAUUUGACGAGCAUCAUGAGAAACGACAAGAGUUUCGCAGGUUAAUUGAUCCAGGUAUCCUACGACCAAAUCCACGACAUGUCGCCUUGGAGUCUCUAGACAUACUUCUGAAGCUUGCUGAAAACAUUAUCAAGCAUCCGGAUGAAGACAAAUACCUGCGAUUCAAGCCUACAAAUGCCAAGAUCAAGCAGUAUCUAGUGGACCCGAAGGGUACAUUAGAGUAUGCUGUCGCUCUAGGGUUCAGACCGCAGGUCGAGAACUUCCAGCCCUACUACGCAUUCAAUAAACGAAAGACGGUUGAUCUCCAAAUAGGAGCAGCUAUUCUUAAGGAGGCUCUGGAACUAGAAACAGCCAAGGAAGAAGCCGCACACCUGGCUAAACAGCGAGAGAAGGCUAUUGCAGAUGCUGCCGUGGCGAAGGUGAAACAAGCAUUCAUUGACGAUCGCAAGUCGAAAGCGUGGCAUGAUCGCCGGGAACAGGAGAUCCUGAGCGCACGCGCUGCUAGGCGGACAUCUGUACCAACUUCUCCGUCUCCACCUGCGACAGCAAGAAUGCCGGGUUCUGGGCAUACAAUCAGUGACGUUAGUCCUCCUUCGACUUCGCCACCCACCUACGAAUCAUUGAGCGACCUCGAGGAUUGAUUUACGACCAUAUUCUGUAUUUUUAGAGGUCAUUUUAUGCUUACACUCUGCAAGAUUCAAUGUAUUCCCAAUCAUGUCACACAAUGUUUACUCAGAACAUGAAAUGCGGUAGCUAUGAUACGACAACAUAAAUAAAAGCAGAUGGAUUGCAGAGC